AACAACAAGUUUUUUCUUUUCUUUUCUAGAGCGAGAAAACAAAAAAAAAAACAAACCAACCAGGGAAGAAGACACAACAAUAAAAGUGUUUUUGUCUUUCUCAUCUCUCUAUAUAAUUCUCAUAUCAUGAAUUCGGGUCUCUGAUUGUUAUUCGGGUCGUUUUUCUUUCUAUCCGGAUCCAUUCAUUUCGAUUAGGCAGAACAGGCUGAUAUAAAUCAGUAAGAUGGCUCUGUCUAUGCAGUGAGUGACUUGUUUUGGUGUUGGAUGAUUCUUUGUGUGUCAUAGCGUUGAUUUGCGGCUUGUUUCUGCAAGUUUACGUUGAUUUUCUGCGAUUUAUGUCUGCUAACCGGGACAGUCCAGUUCAAACCCAAAUGGCUGUAGCAGCUUUUAGAACUCCGUUAGGUAGGGAGUACCACGGAGAUGGUAGGAUUGAAGGGGCGAAAACCACUGGCAGGAGACGGGUUUUUGUUCAAACUGAAUCGGGUUGUGUUUUAGGAAUGGAGCUAGAUCGAAGCGAUAAUGCUCAUAUGGUUAAACGAAGGUUACAGAUUGCUUUGAAUGUUCCGUUUACUGAGAGUUCUUUGACUUUUGGAGAUAUGGUUUUGAAUAACGAUCUUAGCGCCAUUCGUAACGAUUCUCCCCUUCUUUUCACAAGAAAUGGCCUGCAUCGUAGCUCUUCAACUCCUUGCUUAUCUCCCAAUGGUGGUAUACAACAGAAGGAUCAAAGUGGGCCUGUUGAGAUAUUGGGUCAUUCUAAGAGUUUUGAGAGAACAAAACAGCUCGUUGAUGAGGUUGUGAAUGCGAUAAAGACUGGAGUUGAUCCGAUACCGGCCAAUGGUGGGCUCGGGGGUGCUUAUUAUUUCAGAAACAGUAAAGGUGAGAGUGUGGCGAUAGUAAAACCCACUGAUGAAGAACCCUUUGCCCCAAACAACCCGAAAGGGUUUGUGGGUAAAGCUCUGGGUCAACCUGGGUUGAAACGUUCGGUUCGGGUUGGUGAAACGGGUUUCAGAGAGGUGGCUGCUUACCUCCUCGACCGUGAUCACUUUGCUAAUGUCCCUCCCACUGCAUUGGUCAAAAUUACUCACUCAAUUUUUAAUGUUAAUGAUGGUGUAAGUGGAAAUAACAGCAGUAGCAACAAGAUUCGAAGGAAGAAACAGCUUUUUAGCAAGAUUGCUUCGCUUCAGCAGUUCAUGCCUCAUGAUUUUGAUGCAAGUGACCAUGGAACCUCGAGCUUUCCUGUGUCUGCUGUUCAUCGUAUUGGUAUAUUAGAUAUAAGAAUUUUUAACACGGACCGUCAUGCUGGAAAUCUACUAGUUAGAAAGGUUAACAAUGAUGGUGGUGCAAGAUUCAGUGACGUUGAGCUCAUACCCAUUGAUCAUGGCUUGUGUUUACCCGAAAGUUUGGAGGACCCAUAUUUUGAGUGGAUCCAUUGGCCACAAGCUUCAAUUCCUUUUUCAGAGGAUGAGCUCGACUACAUUGAGAAUCUCAACCCCUAUGAUGACAUAGAUAUGUUAAAAAGUGAACUUCCAAUGAUAAGGGAGGCCUGCUUACGGGUUUUGGUUCUCUGCACGAUUUUCCUAAAACAAGCUGCUUCUUAUGGCUUGUGUUUAUCUGAGAUUGGUGAGAUGAUGAGCCGGGAAUUUCGACGUGGUGAAGAGGAACCGAGUGAGCUCGAGGUGUUAUGUAUGGAUGCUAGGAGAAUUGUGGCCGAAAAGGAGAGGGAGAGGACGGUUUUGUCCCCGAAAGCCGGGGCAGAAGAAGACACAUUCCAAUUUGAAAUCGACUAUGAUGAUUCGGCCUUUGACUUCACUCCAAAAUUAUCAAAUGGAAACCUUGUAAACACUGCACUUCCAUUCCAAUUUGGGUUUGGGCGAAACCCUCUUUCUAAACUUGAAGAAACCAUCGAGGAAGAUGAAGAAAGUGAAGAGGAAAGGGAAGAUGUCACACUUCCUGCGUCUGAGGUGGUACCUUCUGUUUCAAAGCUAUCGGUUUCGUUAAAGAACUGCAUUGUAGGUGAUGGUGGUAAGAAGACAAAUGCAGGAAAUAACAAUUAUGUAGCAGUGAAUUCAUCUUCUGGGCACAGGAGUGCAAAUGAGCUACUGCCAGCUGGUGCAAGUUUCGUGAAGUUGGCUGACAUGGACGACGAAGAAUGGUUUCUGUUUCUAGAGAAGUUUCAAGAUCUGCUUAACAUUGCAUUUGAAAAGCGUAAGGUCAUCACAAUGGGGAAGAGGCAGAGACAGAGGCUUGGGACUUCUUGCCAGUUUUGAGAGAGAGUUAUGUAUGAGAUAGGAUUCGGAGGUAUAGCUCAAACUGGAUUGCUAUGUUACCGGUUACAUGAGUUUGACUUUUGAAUAAGUAUGUUUAGGGUUUCGGCAGUAGGGUUUCGGUUUCUUUUAGCUGAAAGGUAGAGAAAUGGGCACGUUCUGUAAAUAUUCAUGAAGGGAUGCCUUUAGUUGGUGAGGAUUUGGAUCAGACUUUAGCUCUAUUGUUUAUUAAUUUUUUACCUGCAUUUCUCUUUCACCUCUUGGUGACUUUGUUUAUAAAUAAUAUUUGACUUGAAAGUUUGAUAGUA